AUGGCUUUUGAAACCGAGGCUGAAAAGAAGCCUUAUAAGUGGGUGAAAAAGACAAUUGAGUCGUCCGCUCCAUACAAAGACUACGUGAAAAUCUGGAGACUGUCUAUUGAAUACACUGGGGGUGGUGAUUUCAUCCAAAAUCUCAUUUAUGCCACUACGUUCUCGCAUUUCAUUGCUUCGGAGUGGGGAUCCGAGGCAGUAUGGCGUAAUGAUGGAGGAAAAGUACUUCACCAUGCGACAGAUCGCGUCUACGAGACGCAAUACCAUAAUUCUGUCUGGUGGUAUCAUGGACCGCACCAUCCAGAAACCCGGAAAUCCGUGGAUACGAUCAACAAGCGACAUGCAUACUACGCUAAGAAAUAUCCCGGUAAUUUCUCGCAUACGUCCGAUUUCACAUACGUUCUCUGCUUCACGGCAAUCUCAGUAUACCGUCUUCGUUUAAGACUGCACUUCCUGGCUUUACCGAAAAGCAAAUGUUUGCAGCCCAUAUCUUCUGGAAAGAGAUGGCUCACCUCUUCUUAG